UGUUUACGUCUGUUUUUCCGCUGCACUGAGUCCAUCUUUACGAGUGUGACCUUUUUAGAGAAUCUGUUUCCUGAUCCUCAUCUUUAAGUGGCAUCUACACUUACCAGAAGAUUGUUUUAAGUGUAUAUUUUCUGAUCAGGAAAUAAUUGGACCUGUUCGCGUGUUACCCUCAACAUACUGGCUAACAUUUUUGAGCCUGUCGUGUUCACUUCAUAACAGAAGUUCAAGGCUGUGUGAUUAUUUUUGUUCCCUUGGUGUGUUGUUGACACUACAAUUUGCAAGCAGUUUGGAUUUUUGAUCGUCGACUAGAGGGUUAUUAUAUAGACAAGACACAGUAAUGGACAUCGGAGACUGUUAUGGCUAGUCGGGUUGACGUGUGAAACAUGCACUGGGAAUGGUUUCUGCAUGUAUGCCGAACAACGCAUUUGGCCAUUCAUUGAUAAACCCCGCCAUGGCGAAGUAAACUCCUCCAGCGCUUGGCUUUGCUCUGUGUUCUAUUAUCGUUUUAACGAAUAACUGAUCGCACUCAGUCGGUAUGACCUUCCAAAAGAAAAACGUGUUUUGUCUUUUCGCGCUGAACAUUUGCUUGAUUCUGUUCAUAGUGUCAGAAGUCGUAGGGAGUAAAACCCAAUCGCCAAACUCACUCACUAAAUCCGUGGGGGAGGCAGCGGAAAAGGACGGAGUGUGUGCCUCAAUCGAUGUUCGGAACAAAGUGAAGAAUUUGGAAUUACUGGAAAACUGCACAGUAAUAGAAGGCCAAUUGCAUAUUCUUCUGAUUGACCAAGCCACCCACUUAGAUUAUGAAAAAUACAGCUUCCCCAAACUAGUGGAAAUAACGGAUCAUUUGUUGUUGUAUAGAGUUUAUGGAUUACGCACCUUGCGGAAUCUUUUUCCCAACCUUUCUGUGAUUAGGGGACAGAAUCUCUUCAACAAUUAUGCUUUAAUUGCUUAUGAAAUGCAAGAUUUAGAAACUCUAGGUUUGAUUGGCUUGACGACCAUCAUGCGUGGAGCAGUGCGAUUACAGAAAAAUACAAAAUUGUGUUACAUUGAUACAAUUGAUUGGUCAAAAAUUGCCACCUCAGUGGAUGUACAGUAUCACUACUUCGAGGAAAACAAAGAUGAACAGGAGUGUGUUAAUGUUUGUCCUGAAGGGUGUCCUGAAAACAGGUGCUGGACUUCUGAAUUUUGUCAGAAAAAUCUAAAAUGUCCAUGCACAAGCAGGUAUGGAGCUGGUUUUUGCAAUGAUGCGACUGGUGCAUGCUGCCACGAGUACUGUGUUGGCGGCUGUACAGGACCAGAAAUGAAUCAGUGUAUCUCAUGUCGGAAUGUCACCUACAAUGGACAUUGUCAGCCUGCCUGUCCAGCGGAAACUUACAUGUUUAUGAACAGGAGAUGCUUGCUUGAUCGAGAAUGCAUCAACAUCAGUAGGAAGGCAGUGGCUGACCACUGGAAGAUCAUUCGCCAUGAAAACACCAAUGCAGCAUCCCCUGGACUUUGUGUGGAAGAGUGCCCCAAUGGUUACAGUGUUGAUGAGAAAGAUCCAACCUCGUGCAAGAAAUGUGAAGACUACUGUCCUAAAGAAUGCUUGGGAAAGACUGUAGACAGCAUUGAGUCAGCUCAAAAACUGAAAGGCUGCACAAAGAUCAAAGGUCCUCUUGAGAUUCAAAUCAUGGGUGGAAGUAAUAUUGGGCAAGAACUUGAAGCUAGUUUAGGACAGAUUCAGGAGGUCACUGAGUACAUCAAGAUCGUCCGUUCAUAUGCUCUGUUAUCAUUAGGAUUCUUCAAGAAUCUGCGAGUAAUUCAUGGGGACAAGAAGCAGUAUGGCAACUACAGCCUUCUAAUUAUGGACAAUGCAAAUCUUCAAGAAUUGUUUCCGAAAGAAGUGUCUUCAAAUAUUUCCAUCAAAGCCGGUGAUGUCGCAUUCCACUUCAAUCGAAAACUGUGCUACCACAAAAUUACAGAAUUUCUCACGAAGAUUAAAGUCAAGUAUACAGACAACGAUGUUAGCCCACUUACAAAUGGAGACCAAAUUCCCUGUUCUGUGAAAAAGAUGGAUCUUGAUGUUCGUGUGGGACCAAAUUUUGCUAUUCUUCGCUGGCAAAGGUUUGAGCAGGCUGAUAGUCGUCAGCUGCUUAGCUAUGUUAUCAACUACAGGGAAGCAAAAUCCAAGGAUGUGAACAUUUACCAAGGUCGAGAUGCUUGCAUGGAUACAACCUGGAAGACAUAUGAUGCAAACCCUGACGACUAUAAAGAUCCAAACAACAUAGUGGAGUUGGUGUUUGGACUCAAACCAUGGACUCAGUAUGCUGCCUAUAUCCAAACCUACUCACUCGCCACAGCCAAUGAAGCAGCUAACAGUGAACUUAUGUUCUUCACAACCCACCCAUCUAAGCCGACUACUCCCACUGAUUUGGAAGUAUAUUCUGAAGAACAGGGAGAACUGCGUGUACGUUGGAACCCACCAAAACGUCCCAAUGGCAAUGUUACCCAUUACUAUGUCUACUGGCAACUUCAGGAACUGGAAACAGAAGCCUUUGACAAGAGAGAUUAUUGUGAUAACCCUAUCCUGAUGCCGAAGAAGCGUAAGGUGAAAAUCCAUGAUGAGAAGACUAAGUACAUCAACCAGACGAUGACAAAAGAUGGCCAAUGUUGUCAGUGCCCUAAGUCCAAGAGAACUCUCGAGGAACAGCAGAGGCAGCGUCAACAGCAGAUUGAAUUUGAGAAUGACCUUCAUGAUAGGAUAUAUACAAAAAGGCCGGAGUUGUCCAACCGUAAGAAAAGAGAUAACACCCCAGAUGAUGAACCAAUGGAAAGGGAUCCAAUAACCCCCAAUGUACCUGAUAAAAAAGAAGCUAAGAAAGUGACACUGGAUAAGAAGAAGGUUGCUGGUGAUAGCAAAAAUGUGACUCGUGCUGAUAACAGUCAAUCAGCUGAUGAAAGGAACAACUCCACGGCUGAUAACAACUCUGAUAACAGUACUAGACCUGUCUUCAAUCAGAUUACUGUUUAUGGAACUGAAAUUGUGAUCCCCAAUUUGGGUCAUUUUCAAGAAUACAAUAUUCAGGUAUUAGCAUGUCAAGAAACAGACCCAGCCACAGGGAUCAAGUAUUGUAGUAGCCGAGCUAUAGCCACAGCCAGAACACUGCCAUCAACUACAUCAGAUAAUGUGAAUGCGUCAACCGUCAAGAUAGUCAAGUCAACAAACAAAACACAAGACAUCCUGGUUACAUGGAAGUCUCCAGAGAACCCAAAUGGUGUCAUCAUCACAUUCCAGAUAGAAUACAAGAAGAUUUCUACUGCUGAUGUUGAGCCAACACGUAUCUGUUUCACUCAUAAGGAAUAUAGAAAAUUAGGGGGCUACAAGUUUCAGCGACUCAACCCUGGGAAUUAUUCUUUUCGCAUCAAAGCCACAUCUCUGGCGGGGAAUGGGUCAUUCACACAGCCCUUCUUCUUUGUGGUGCCUGAACUUGAUGUGCGGACAACAAACGAAGCCGUAAUAGCUGCAGCAGUGAUUGGAGUUUUGCUGGUCAUCAUUAUCACAAUCAUUAUUGUAUGGUUUGUGGCCAAGAGCAAGUUUGCAAAGGAUCCUGAUGUGACAACAAUCUCCAUGAAUCCAGGAUAUGUUCCUUCAGCAGAUGUUUACAUAGCAGAUGAUUGGGAAAUGAGUCGGGACAAAAUCAAGCUUAUUCGAGAACUGGGCCAGGGAUCUUUUGGCAUGGUGUAUGAAGGUGUUGGCAAAGACAUUGGUGGUUCCAGUGAUGAAGUCAAGGUUGCUGUAAAGACUGUAAAUGAUAGUGCUGGCUGGCAUGAGAGGAUGAUGUUUCUCAAAGAAGCAUCUACUAUGAAGUCCUUUUCGUGCCAUCAUGUAGUGAGAUUACUGGGUGUUGUGUCCAAGGGUCAACCUGCCCUUGUGAUCAUGGAAUUGAUGGGUCAAGGUGACCUCAAGAAUUUUCUUCGAUUGCAUAGACCUGAUGAAGAGGAAAACAUGGGCAGAUUACCACCAACUCUGAAACAGAUUUUGCAAAUGGCUGGUGAGAUAGCUGAUGGAAUGGCUUACUUGGCUGACAAGAAAUUUGUGCAUCGUGAUCUCGCAGCUCGGAACUGUAUGGUUGCUGAUGACAGGACUGUGAAAAUUGGAGAUUUCGGAAUGACAAGAGACAUAUAUGAGACUGACUACUACCGUAAAGGUGGGAAAGGCCUGCUCCCUGUCCGCUGGAUGGCCCCUGAGUCCCUUAAAGAUGGCAUAUUUACAACCAUGUCAGACGUAUGGUCGUAUGGUGUUGUGUUGUGGGAGAUGGCUACGCUGGCUGCUCAGCCUUAUCAAGGACUGUCAAAUGAGGAAGUAUUAAAAUAUGUAUCUGAUGGUAGAUAUAUGGAGAAACCGGAUGGCUGCCCUGAAAAGAUCUAUGAUCUGAUGUGCCAGUGUUGGAGAUAUCGUUACAAGAAGCGUCCAACGUUCAAGGAAAUUAUUGAGCUGUUGGUACCUGAUCUUGAUCCCAAUUUCAAAGAUGUGUCAUAUUUCUUCAGUGAUGAAAAUAAAGUAGACGCUACUGAGUACAAAAACUUACAAGCGACAGAGGACCAAGAAGAUUAUGGAAAUGUUGAAUUCAAUGAACAAAGUGAUGAUGAAAUGGAUAUCAAUGAUGAGUCUCGGAUACCUUUCAUGUCAGCUGUUGAGACAUCUAAUCUGAAUUCUGUAGAGAUGCAGAGGUCGCCCUCCCGGCACCAUCAUAGAGACUCCUCCAAUACCAGUCCAUGUGAAUGUGUGUUGUUAGAGGAAAUGCCAAAUGGACAUCGAAACAGUACGUGCUCAAGUCCCAACAGUGGGGUAGGGUAUAGUGAUGGGAGCAAAGGAAGCAGUAAAAGUAGUAACAGUAGUUACACACAACUUAAUGGAAUUGCCAAUGGACACAUACAUAUGAGACUUCCAAGGACAACACCAUGCUAGCAUUGAAUGUUGUAUUGUUGAAUAAUAUAUCAUUUCAUGGGAAAAUUACUUAUUUUGCUGUACAUAAUGUUUUAGACCUACUCAUGAAGUCAUAUCAUUAUCAUCCUACCCUGUCACCCUAGUCUGAUGAUGGUGUGUGUCCCUCUGAAAGCAUUGACACUAAAGGUGGGAUAACAAAGAAAGCUUAAAUGCAAGCCUGUGUCUCAGUAGUGGGCCGACUUACAGUUGCAUGAGAUUGUGUGGUAGUGUGUAUGAUUGAGUGAAGUUCAAGGCAGCUUACUACAACAGUAAAGAAUCUCUCGCCAUCAUUUCAAGCGAGAUGAGCAGUGGAUGCAGAAGACCCUGUGUAGUUUAGUCAGGAUUCUGGGCAACCUACAGCAAAGUUGGUCCAGUCUGAAGCUUGUCUAGUUCGAAGCUUGUCUGGAGAGUGUAAGGUUAUGCCCUGAUGGAUAUUUCCCACAAGAGUAACCCAUUACAACAAAAUUAACAGCUGAGAUGUCCCUUGAGUUACUUGUACUGUCAUUGGAUACUGGCAAAAGUGUUAAGUCGAUUAAUGUUUCAUUACCGAUAAUUGUUGAAAUGUUUAUUAUGUUAACUGGAUCAGAUAAUCUAAUUACUGUGUAGUUAGAGACUGUGUAGUCAUGUCAUUUUCAUAAGAUUGGGUAAAAUGACAACUUGUUUUGUUUUAUCAUGGUUAUAGCAUUAUCUAACCAGUGGGUCUACCUCUGUAGUUUUGUCUUUAUUGAACAGUGAUGUUCACAGUUAUAAGAAAACACAUGUGGACGUUACUUUCUAUGUUAAGCUGUAUAUGUGGUGUGAUUCAUUAAUAAAUCAUGCAUGAAGUGGUUAAGCCGACACAGCAACUUUAAACAGGACUAUCCAAAGAUCGUUUGGACCAAAGAUCCAAGUGAAAUUAUGCCAUAGUGUGCUGUCCGUCAUGUUACUGUUGUAAUCUGACCAUGUCAUCAUCUGUUUCUGAAACUGGAAUAGAAUAAUGCCAGGAAUAGUGCUGAUGAAAGAGGCUCAUCAAGGUCAAGACCAACUUUUCACAUGGCUGCAAUAUGAAAAUGUUAUGUUGGCUUAUUAGUCAGGUGAUUUUCAUUAAUCGUGGCAGUUACAUCUAGAAUAACACUUUGAUGUAUUGAUCAUUGGUUAAUGAAUUGAUUACUAGCCAUCUUGCCUUUUGUAUAUUUUAAGUUAUUUCAUCUCUUACACCUCCUUAGUUGGUUCUGAAAGUUUGCCUAAAAUAUGCAUGUGAGCUACAGUGCCUGGUGACUUAUUAACCGACAUAUUAUCAAUUGUGCAGACAUGAUGAUAGCAUGAAUGAAAUUUGUGAUAAUGAUAUGAAUUGAAACUGAUUAGCUUUGUAUUUUUCUUUUUCUUGUAUUUGUUAUUUAUGUGCAUUAUAAGUUAAUUUAUUGAACACAGACCAUUUCACAUGGGCCAGGGCAAGGAGCUGUAGCCAAGAGCAUUGUGUAUAUAUACCACGCAUUUGCCAUUACUCUCCUUUCUUGUUCUUGUUUGCAUUUAUGAAGAAUUUUUAAGAUAAUGCUUACAUACAUUCUUAUUGUUCAUGAAUAUUUUCAGGUUGAUGUUAAAAGGUUGAGCUUUCAUAGGCAGUAUCUUUACAAAGUGAAAGUGCUUGCUACCGUAACUCUAACUGUAUUGUUUAGCACUUUUUGACUCUUUUUUUACCAGCUUUUAUGUAACUUCUUAAUACAACACACAAAUGAAGUCCCUUUAGAUUAUUUCCUAUAUGUCUGUUUUAUGACUGUUUUAUCUUCUUAACAAUGUUGCUGUAUAUAUAUGACACAUUGUGUUCUCUUAACAUAUCAUGAGUUUUAAGAUUAUUAUUUCUAUAUUUAUGUCUAAAGAUUUUAAUGAGACAAUUUAAGUUUGGUCAUCUGUACCAAGUCACUUUCUUUGCAAAGGUUUUUCUAAAAUAUGACACAUGUACAUGUAUUGGGUAUUAUACAUGUUGAGAGUAUCAUGUUCAAAAUAUUUAACAAUUUAUAUUCAUGAUCAUAAGGUGUAAAAUUAUUGUUAAAUAUUCAGAGAAAUAUGUUGGGAAGAUGAUACAAUCAUGUAAUCAGAACACUGUUGAUUAUCAGAAGUUAUUUGUAGCAUUUAUGAAAACAUUUAGAAAGAUCAUAUUUUUAUAUAAAUAUUAAGAAUAAUCAUGUUUCAUAAUUCCUGUAUGAGGAAAUGCAUACAAUUGUUAAAAGUGAAUUGAACAAAAGUAGCUUUUAUUCAAACUUGCAGUCGAAAAGGGCCAUUAGUGCCAAAUUUAAUAUGUAAUUCCCUAAGUGACAAUUGCUAAGUCUUUUGGUCUGUAUAAUGGAUUCUGUGAUAGAAAGAGGUGCCAUGUUUAAGUAACAUUGCCUCAGGUGCAUUCAGUAACCAUUAACCUCACUGAUUAUUUCAAAUGUGUAGUUGUCCGUGUAUUAUCAGAAUUGUUAGUAAUUUUCUCUUUCAUUCUGCUUUCAAGUUUGUAUGCUAUUGUGCCCAUUCAACAAAAUGCUACUGAAGUGUGAGUGAUUGUCUUCACCUUGUUAACAAUGCAAAAUCACAAGUUGAGACUAAGUCAUAUGUACAUAAGUAUAUACAGGUAUUUCUAUUCAAUAUUGGCUUUAUUGUGAGUGAUGUUUCAUCCAGUUUCAGUCUCUCAUUUGAAUCAUUAGUAUAUUUAAUAACUUACGUGUCUAAUCCAAGCCAAUCUUGAUAUAUCUCGAUUGAUAUCGAAUAAAAGGUAUCAUUUUUCUCUGAAGAAUGUAUUUCAUAUUUUGAUCUUCCUCAAGGGUAUGUUGUUUGAUAAUGAAAGACACCCUUAGAUACAGUUGGUUGAUAAAUACAUAAAUUUGUCAUCUGUCUUGAUCAUGACAUAGGACUUUUAAUGCAUGCUCAUAGUAAUAGAAUAUAUUUUGGCUGGUACGUGUUGGUCAUGAAUAGCACUGGAUGGUCCUCAUACUCUCAGCCACUGUUUCGCCUGUACUGACUUCAUUUCUUACAGGCUGCCAUGAUAUAUGUCACUUAAAACGAGUUUAGGAUCACUUGAUUCUUUCCUGACAGAUUAACUGUAGUAAAAAUGAAGAAUGAUGUGAUCUUUGACUUGUUUUAAGUAGUAUAGCUGAAAUAUCGCUUAUUUUGAUGUGUAUACAGGAGACAGAUAACUUAACCAAAUUUAAGCUUUGUAUGACCUCAUGCAUGACUGCCCUGACAGUUUACUUCAAUAUCAAUGAUGAUACUGGAAAUAUUUGUAGUUUUUAACUAAUUGUAUAUAGCAAUGAAAUCAUCAGGUAGCUUGUUCUUCUGCCUUAUGAGAGACUGAUGCUAGUUCUGGAUACUCCCUCCUCCUCCACUGCUUCAGUUAGAACAGGCUAGGGGGCAAUCCAAGUUUUAACUCUGUGAUUACGUUUUAGUGAUUAUUAUCAUCAUUAUUAUGUCUGUUUUAUCAGUUCAUUCACCCCAGAGACAUACAAGACCAGCCAAAAUUUGUGCUUCAAAUCAAUGCAAUAUUAAUGAACAUAUCAGUCACUUUAUCUGAACCAAUUUGUUUAUGAGCUGCUUUGUCUUCCAUAGUGCAAGGAACAGUAUUCAUGUUUCAUUUUCAAGAUUGUGAUUAAUCAAUCUUGACUCUUAUCCAUUACAUAUAGUUUCUGUCAUUCCUUCAUAACCUAAUCAUGGACUUAACAUAAGGAAACAGAAAAUCUCAUUUCAUAGUAUUGUUUGUCAUCUGCUCAAAUCAAAAUUGCUGGCAGACAGAAAUUUUUGUUCGGAAAUGCUUACACCUCCGACAAGUGAUUGUUGUCAUAAUUUCAUAUAAGAGAAGUUACAAACCUUGUCAAUAUAUUGGGAUCUUUUAUCAAAACAUCUCUUGAGUUUGUUGUAAAGCAAACAAAAGCAUGAUAAAAGAUUUGGUUUUAUUUUCAUAUUACUUUCUCAUGACAUGACCUGGUAUACCUUAGACAUUUACUGUGAUGUUUGCCCCUUAACCUCGAAAGCUGAAGUAGGUGCUUGCUGUAUUACAUCAUCCAUGCCAGUGUUGUGUUGUAUAGUGAUGUUAUUGUACAUGCUGUAAAUUCUUAAUACUGCCUUGUUGCUUGAAUAUGGCUCCCAAUUCAUGUCAAAUGGAGGUUGCCGAAAUGAGAAAGAUUUUGUAGUCUGCCUAUGUACAUACACCAAUGUAAUUAUGUGCAUAUUAAAUGUAAAUAAACUUGGAAAUACUU